AUGGCGAAAAGCCAUCAAAAUACUGAUUCAAAAUACACAUCUUUCACUGGACACCGCAAAUGGGUGCGCGCAGCAAAAUUCAGCCCUAAUGGUAAGUUAAUUUCAGCGUGCGGCGAUGACAAGUUAAGAAUUUGCGAUACAUUUUCGGGCGAAUGUGUGCGAACGCGAGCUAAUACAGUGCAUUCGUCGCCGGAGAAUGAUGUUGCAUUUCACUCAAGUGGAAAUUUCUUGGUGACUGGCGGCGAUGACGAUACAAUAAGAUUGCUUGAUUUAUUAGAAGGUCGACCAAUUUAUACACGUUGCUCGUUUGGAAAUCUAAUUUGCAUACAUUUGAUGCCAAUAGCUCUCGCAACAAACAAGCCAGUUCUCAAAGAGUCCAAAUUGAGUUUAGUCAUGCAACAGCUCCACAUAACUCCGCCAUAGACACACCAGUUGCUGCAGUACCAAAAAGCUGUGAUGACAGUAUUUUAAUUGAUCCACGACAAUCGGUGGCAUAUGAAAUGCGUGAUAGAAAUUUUCUGGUGCUUGAUAGCCAAUAUACUACAAGAGUGCAACACUACAAGUGAAAUGCUGUGAUAGUAAUUUUUCUUAAAUUUCCAUCUU